GGCUGGCCCAGCUCCCGGCUCCCGGCUCCCGGCUCCCAGCGCCGGGCACCCUCGGCCCCAGCAGCGCCCGGCGCGGUCCGCGCUCCGGCCCGCGGCUCCUUGGCCCGCUCCCCCCGAACCGCACAACAAGUGGAUGGCGCGGGCGGGAGCCGGCUGAGCGCCGUCCCUGGACGUGUAGGGCAGGGGCCGCACGGAGCGACCCCCGUCCUGCCGCCGCUGGAACCCGGCUCCGCGCACGGAUUAUCCAGCGCUGAUCUACAGAUCUGCUGCGAGAGCCGGUCUUGGAGAGACCAGUGAGCGCGCCUGUCCCUUCAUUCCGCCUCACACACAACAAGCACACGCACACCGCCUUCGAUUUUCCCUCUGGGGACGAGACCCUCGCUUGUUGCCUUGUCGCCAAUGCCGAGGCGAGCGGGAGCGGCUGUGGCGGUGCCGAGUGCCCCCAGCCCCAGCCGCCUCCCCGGCUCGCUCCCGGCGCUCUCCCGGCGCCCAGCAAGAAGGGGCAGAAAUAACUCGUCAACCUGUGGUGCGCACUGACCACAGCCACCUGCGACUGUGGAUCAGCCGGCACAGCCCCCUCAGGACUGCUGCCACCCGGUCCUUACGCUAGCGGGAAGAGCGCUGCUAUUUCUCUGCCUAGGAUCAGUUAAGUGCUUCUUCUGCAUGACCAUAACCAAAGGGUGACCCAUCCACUCCCUUAUGUCCUAUGGGGACUUCAGAGCCAGUUUCUCAGUCUUCAUCUCCUCCUCUUCCUCCACCUCCUCCUCCUCCUCUUACCACUGCUGCUGAUGCCCUGGGUGCUGCUCCCAGGUUUGAGACAUUGUUGACAGGCUGAAGAAAGGAUUUGCAAAGACCUCCUCACUGUGUAAAUGAAGUGAUGGCUGGAAUUAACUUCAACUCCCCAAGUAAUGAUAUUAAACAGUAAGUUUGCUAGGCCAAAGCAUUACCAGGAAUAAAUAAUGAGGAAAGAGACUAUUUGCAUUUGGUUUCAAUGAUGAGCUAAAACCAUCUGUGGAGAACAGGUACCCUUUGGUUUGCGUAUUUUUUUUUUCCUGAGGAAUGCAGCCUUUAUAGCCUGCGAGGCAGUCAUGAUUCUGGUCAGAUACAGCUGUGAUUGCUGCAGGAGAUAAAUGAAAAUAAAGGGGCUUGGUGGAUGGAAGAACAAGGUCUCAGCUGUUCUCUGGUUCAGUUUGAGAAUUUCAUCUUUUAUUAUUAGCAAAACGGUAGUUUGUGUCAAACAUUCUGGAGAACAAGAAAAUGCAGAUCUGUGGUUUUCCAAAGUAUAGAUUCAGUGUUACAACCAUGUUGCCAUACUCGAUGCCCAGGGGACUGUCCUCCAAAUGCAAAUGGCUUUGAACUUUCUAGUGAAAGUUAAGGUGACAGUGUAAAUAAAACAAAACCUUGUUACAGUAAGUGAUUGAAAAAAACCAAACAGUUGCAAAAUGGAGGUUGCAAUGGUGAGUGCAGACAGCUCCGGGUGCAACACCCACAUGCCCUACGGAUACGCGGCCCAGGCGCGGGCCCGGGAGCGAGAGCGGCUGGCGCAGUCCAGGGCCGCCGCAGCCGCGGCCGUAGCAGCAGCCACAGCAGCGGUGGAAGGUGGGGCGGCAGGCGGAGGGGGACCAUACCACCAUUACCAUCAGGAGCAGAGCCGAGGGGCAGCCUCCUCACACGGUGGGAGCGCAUCACGCAGCGGCCUGCCCCACCGCCAGAGUGGUAAGAGGAGGAAGAAAGGGAAAAAGAGGAGCCACCACUUAGGAAGUAGGGAGUGUGGGGCCUCCUUCCCCUGUUCUGAGCUGCUGCCGCUCAGUGGUUCUGAGGAGAGAAUACUGAAGGACUUGAGUGAGGAGGAAGAGGAGGAUGAAGAUGAGGAUGAAGAUGAUGAGGAAGAAGGAAAGCUCUACUACAGUGAUGACUAUGGGGAGGAUGAGUUUUCAUACUCGGACCAGCCACCCGAUGAUGGUGGAGGCCCUGGGGGUUACAGCUCUGUCCGCUACAGUGAGUACGAGUGCUGUGAGCGUGUGGUGAUCAACGUGUCAGGACUGCGGUUUGAGACCCAGCUGAAGACAUUAGCUCAGUUCCCGGAGACACUGCUGGGUGAUCCAGCCAAGCGAGGGAGAUACUUUGAUCCUCUCAGGAACGAGUACUUCUUUGAUAGGAACCGACCCAGCUUUGAUGCCAUCCUGUACUACUACCAGAGCGGUGGUCGGCUGAAGAGACCAGUCAAUGUACCCUUUGACAUCUUCUCUGAGGAGGUGAAGUUCUACCAACUUGGGGAGGAGGCCAUGCUCAAGUUCAGGGAGGAUGAAGGUUUUGUCAAAGAGGAAGAGGAAAAGGUUUUGCCAGAGAAUGAGUUUAAGAGGCAGGUUUGGCUGCUGUUUGAGUACCCGGAAAGCUCCAGUCCAGCCAGAGGCAUUGCCAUUGUCUCUGUUUUGGUCAUCUUGAUCUCCAUUGUCAUCUUUUGUCUGGAGACUUUACCAGAGUUCAGAGAUGACAAAGAAUUCGUAAUGUCCCUGAGCUUAGGGAAGGGGCUUUCCAAUGAGUCUCUUCGCCUGGAUGCUGGGGAGCACACCAUCUUCAAUGACCCUUUUUUCAUUGUAGAGACCGUGUGCAUCAUUUGGUUCUCCUUUGAGUUUACAGUGCGCUGCUUUGCAUGUCCGAGCAAAGCACACUUCUUCAAGAACGUCAUGAACAUCAUAGACAUUGUCUCCAUCUUGCCUUACUUCAUCACCCUGGGCACUGACCUGGCACAGGAGCAGGGCAGUCAGCAGGCCAUGUCUUUUGCCAUCCUGAGGAUCAUCCGUCUGGUCAGGGUGUUUCGCAUCUUCAAGCUCUCCAGGCACUCCAAGGGUUUGCAGAUCCUGGGUCACACGCUCAGGGCCAGCAUGAGGGAACUUGGCCUCCUCAUCUUUUUUCUUUUUAUUGGAGUCAUUUUGUUUUCCAGUGCUGUUUACUUCGCAGAAGCUGAUGAGCCUGCCACCCAUUUUCAAAGCAUCCCAGAUGCCUUUUGGUGGGCUGUGGUGACCAUGACUACAGUUGGUUAUGGGGACAUGAAACCCAUAACUGUGGGUGGGAAAAUAGUCGGGUCCCUGUGUGCCAUUGCAGGAGUGUUAACCAUUGCUUUACCAGUGCCAGUGAUUGUCUCCAAUUUUAACUAUUUCUACCACAGAGAAACUGAGAAUGAAGAACACACACAGAUGAUGCAAAAUGCAGUCAGUUGCCCUUACCUCCCAACAAAUUUACUGAAGAAAUUUAGAAGCUCAUCAUCUUCAUCCACAGAGGAUAAAUCAGAGUAUUUGGAGAUGGAAGAAGGAGUUAAAGAAUCUCUUUGUGUAAAGGAGAAUAAAAGUCAGGACACAGGGAAUAGCAGUGAGUCAGAGAAGAAAAACUGUGUAAAUUCAAAUUCUGUGGAAACUGAUGUGUAAUUUUGAACGUUUCCAAAUAUAUUUAUGCAUUAAAGAGUGCAGUGAAAAUAAUGAAAUAUGCAAACAAGAGUCUGCAGCAUACAAUAGUAUGCCAUUUAAUGGUUAAAUACAAAUAAAAAGCAUUGCUAAACAUGUAUUACAUAUCAAGUAAGUGGUACAACUUGAGGAAAGGAUUGCUCAAUCUGAUACAUUUUCAGACUUUAUAUUUUUAUUAGAAUGCAAGUGUUUUGCACAUGAGGCUGAGAAAUUUAUUAAAACCAAGUCAGUUUUAAAGUGGGUGCAUGAACUGUCGACAUCACUAAUAACAGCUCUGUGGUAAAAGUUGGCAUUCAGAGGUAUUUACUAUGUAAGAAACAAUGAAGUUUGGUAGUCAUUUAUCUAUUUAUCAGUGCUUUAAUAGCAGCUACCAUAAAUCAUUGGAUACCAUAGUCAUUGUUUUUCAAAUGGUAAAUUUAUUGUAAAAAGAUAUUCUACAGAAGAUAGAUCUAAAUUUUUUUUCCUUGAAAUCUAUAAUGCUUGUUUUUAACUGGAAAUUUACUUUGAAAAGGCUGUUGACCCUCCAGAAAUUGUUUAUUUUUAUAACUCUCUUUGGAGGCAUUGCAGCAUUUGUUGUCUAAUAAUGAAAGAAAUGAAGUAAGAGAAUCGUUUAACCUGGUCUGACUGCAAAAGCAAAAUGACUGGAAUGCUUUUUUGCACUACUUUAUAUGCUGGAGAUAUAUUGAAAGAGACUUCAUACUGUGAAUGUUUACUAAUGUAAUAGUUCAAUGACAAUCAUUGGAAGAGUGAAUUCUGCAUCAUAUUUUAUUGUUUUUCUUUCUUUGUGAUGCUGAUGGCAAAACAGCUAACAUUACAUUAAUUCCAUACUCUUUUUAAUUAUGAAUAUCUGUGAUCUGGAAAAGGAUUGUGAAGUAAAAUUUUAUAAUCAAAAUUAUUUGAAAGCGGUGUUUUCUACUGAUGCCCUCAAGAAGUACCUAAUUUAUAUCUUUUUUUCUGCUUAGUUUACCAUUCAGAGUCUAUGAUUAGUAGAUGCACUUUGUCAGUAUUGAGGAAAUUCAGUAUAUGGGAGGAGAAGGUAGAAGUAAUAAGAUACUCAGUGGUUACAGUACUGACAAUUGAGGAUUGCUGACUUUUAAUAAUGUGCUAUUAUUGGUGCUGCAUUUUCCCUUGAUUACAGCUUUCACCCAUGUAUAUUUGAAGCAACAUUUAAGAUCUAAAAUAGGCAUUCUGGGCUUCAAAAUGAACAUAAUGGGUCCCAUGGAGUCCUGGUGAAAACAUUCCAUGGUUUCUUUUCACUGAUUCUUAGGCCAGGUAUAUUUUACUAUGUGUCAAAACCUCCCAUUGCCCAUCCUAGGAGAUUCAGGUAGGUAAGGAUUACCUGGCCUGCAGUAUAUUCCAGCGUCCAGAAUGAGAUAGGUAAAAUAUCGCUGCAUCCAACAUAAAUAAUAGAUUCAGAACAAGUUUUCUUUUAGACUUACCAUUACCAAGGGAAGGCACAAUUAAACUGUGACUGGUUUUGAAGAGGCACUGUGGAACAUUCCAGAUCAUAAAACUUGAACCAAAUUGGCAUAUGCACUUUAAGGCCUGGGACAGGCUAUUAUGGGAGAGAAAAGGACUUACCAACACUACAGAAUUUCAGUCGUUUGCAAUAUUCAUUUAAAGUCGAGUGUAGGGUUUUUGCAGGGGGGAGAACUUGUUAGUGACUGACUUAUAGCAACAACAAAAGCAGUCUGAAUUGGGCAUCCACGACAUUGCACAUGAUCCAUCAGAUAAGCCUUGUUUGCUGUAUCCAGUGGCACCAAACAGAGCUGCAGACAUAGGCUUCUCUUUAAUGGUUGGGUUUUGCCUUCAUGGUUUUUCUGAGUCUCUUCAAAAAGUUUCUAUGCUUGUCUUCUUUGCAUUGCAGAAAAAUAAAAAAAAGACACACAAAAGACUGUGUUGUGCUGAGCUCUGCUUCAAAAUGUGUGUUUAAGUGUCUGAUUCCUAAUUUAAAGACACAGAGCAGGCUUUGCUAUAUUUUUGAUGUGAAGCACUAGCUUCACAACAGAGCUCCUUUUUAUUGUGGUGGUGUUAAUUCCAACUGUGUUUUGAAUGAAGUGACUCAGUAAUUUUAUACAUUGGCAUUUGCCAAAAUUUAAAACUACAUUUCACUCCAGCUCACCUGAGUUUAAUGUGCUAAAUACUUUUUUCUACAGGGGCAAUAUCAGCAGUGAAGAUGAGCAUUCUAUAAAAUCCAGUAAAAAUCUGUAACUGAAAGUAUUUCUUUCCCAGAUAGCAGUUAAUGGCCUAAAGGGCCUUCUUCCUAAAUGGCUUGGUACUAGUUCUGUCUGACACCAGAGACUACACAGCGCCUGGGACCAUGGCAAGGGGAUAGGAGUGAACAAAAUACUAAUUAGGUAAAUAAAGAACUUAGAGAAGAUAAGUAGUACAUGUUUGCAGUAUUGACUGGUUGGAAGGUGAGGUGGUUCAUAAGAAGUGGAAUUCCAGACCUCUAAUGGAGCUAAGAAAACACUUUGAAUCACUUUUAAAAUACAUUCAUACUGUAGCCACAGAGCUCAGCAUGAGGGGAGUGCUCCAGCUGGUUGUUCAUCUGCUCUGCUACCAGUACACACCUUUUCAAUUUAAAACAAGCAUGUGAUGCCUGUGCUGUGCUGUUUCCAGAGCAGUACCUUGCUCUCAGAAGGAAAAGGUCUGAUUGUAGGGCUUCAUAGCAGUUGGCAGAGCAACAUUCUGGGUGUGUCAGCCCUACACACUGCAGUGCUGGGGAGGUGUAUCCUCAGGUAACAACGGAGCCUGCUGCAGUGAAUAAACCUCUGUACUUUGUCAUGAUAAAAAAAACUAUAUAGCUCAAUGCUAGCUUGUGCUAUCAGUUGGGUAGAACAUUCUGAAUCACAGAAAGAAUUGUGCAUUCCAGAAUGGCAAAUAGCUCUACUUGGCUUUCUAAUUUGAUUAUUCAACUAUCUAUUGGUCCAGUCACAACAUAGUUUUAAAAUGCCAAUAGUCCUACCACUAACAUGCUAAAACCCAAAGAUCCCAAGUACUUUACAAGAAAUAGAAAUUUGUGUUAAGUAUUACUUCGGUUGAAAUUGUGUGCCAGAGAAACCCUCUAAUUGAGCUGUUAUGGCUCUAAGUUACUACUCCUGCUUCUGUCACACCUUUCCCAGUGAUACAGACAACUCUCAGAAAAAUAAUUUUAUUGUGACUUGGGCAUUUUACAUUUUAAAUUAUAGUGGUAAAUGCAUUCCUGAUGUAGCUGAUGUGAAUGGAUUUACACUGGGGAUCAUUUUAGUUCUACUAAUGUAGUUCAAAUGAUUUCACAUUGACAUACAUUUCAGCUAAAAAUAAUGCAAAAUGAGAUAUUUCAGGUUCACUUGCAGUGGUGAAAAAAUUGGAGGGGUUCCAUUAGAAUUCAUGGAAUCACAGCAGAACCAAAUCGGAUUUCAAAUAUAGUCUGAUACUUAACAGUGUGCUGGCAUUUAUUGAAAGAAUUUUCUAAGUAUUUUUAUAGUAAUCUUAAGUGCCAAGGCCAGGCUCAUAAGGAGAGAGUUUUGCUAGCUGAAGCAUUGGAUUUAAUGGCUGACUUCAGAGAUCCAUAAAUUUUUUCUUUAUUACAUUUCUGAUGUUACAUUUAUUCCUUGAAAACAUCAGCCUGGAUGCUGAACCUUCUACCAAAAGAAGUGUUGUGUAACCCAGUUAGUGGUGAAGGUUUCUAGUGUUCAGUUAAGCUUUCUGGAAUGAUUCCACAAGAGGCUAAUUCCAUUUGAUGGAAAAUAUGAUUUGUUUGUAUUUGAAGGAAAAUUCUUCUGUUUACAUAGGUUCUUGUGUGUAGAAUCCACCUCUGUGGUGUUCAUGUAAUGCAGAAUAAAUUUGGGAGAUCCAGGGGAUGAAAAGCCCCAUUGCUAUUAUGAUUACAUCUCAUUCAUGACUAUAGUGUCCUUGGUGUUUGGGGAUACUAACAGGCAUUCUUGUGCUCAUAAAAGUUGGGAUUUGAGCAUGUUUUCAGUCCGUAAAUCUUUUCAAAUAGCUUUGGAAUGUGAAAAUGAUUUUGCAUAAUGCUGGUGUGGAGUUUGGGAUCAGGCCAUAACCUUGAAUAAAGGAUCUUGGAGUGCAACUCCUGACAUGGAAGAUUCCUGUCAAGUUUGCUUUCAGGUGUUGAGAGUCAUUUGACUUGGGAUUUGAAAAUUCGGUGCUGAGCUGCCCAAGAACAGGAGGUACUUCAUAUUUGCAUAAAUGUAGGAUAAAUGCACUAUGGAAAACCAGCAAAAUAUCAGAAAGCCUAUUCCAUUUGUAGCAAGUUCCUGAAAAAUCUAUCUCUCACAGCACUGAAAAAUGAAAUGUGUGUUUCUGGUCAUCCUGGACUCAUUAAACUAAUUCUGAAUAUCAAUUAAUUUUUAACAUAAUCUUUAAACUUUAUAGAUAAUCCUCAAAUUAAAUAUAACAUAUCCAUUGUGUUUAGACCAUGUCACUGACUUCCUCUAAUUUUUACUGGUUCCUUAUUACUUUUUAGUGUCAUUGGACCCAGUUAUAAAUACAUAAAUAUUUUAAAAUUUUUAAUUAAUUGACAUGAGAGAGUAAGAAAUAAAAGCAAACCUUAAAAAAUGCCCAACUAUAAUAUCCAGCAUAUAAAUUAUAUACUUUUCUUAUCAUUAAAUAAAUCUAAAUAACAGAAUAACUUCUGUAGACAUGGGGCAGGGUAUACACUUUCCUCUUGCUAUGUCCUCUUGAAUGUCCAAAUGCUUCAAAUUUUGCAGUGAAUACUAGUUGACAGAUUUAUCAUAUUUUUGCACCUCCAUUUGAAACAAAUGCUUGCAGAAAAAUGGCACUUUUGUAAAAAUGAACGUCCCUUCAUUUCCACAGAGACCAUCUAAUGUGGACAAAGUGAUUGACAGAUUAAUUGUGGGUUAAAGUGCCUAAAUGUUUUGUACCUGACACCCAGGUACUCUACAUAUUGCUGCCAUGCUUUCUGUGUGUUCAGAAUUCUGAUGACAUUAAUUCUGAAGGAAAACUCAUUAAAGAACUACGCACUGAGAUAGUUGAAUUAAUUCUUAUUUUUAAUCCUUUUCUGUACAAUUAUAAUAUGCCUUGAGACCUUUUCUGCAACAGGCCCUUUGGAAAAUAAAUACAUAAGAAGGAAAGAAGAGAAAUCUUACAUUACAUGUAAAAAAAUCUCAUAAAAUAUACUAAUUGAGGGAAAGUAGGUAAGUGAAAACUUCUUUUAUUUCCUUCAUUUGUGCAUUUAUGGUAUUGCCAGUAAAACCAAACUGGGAGCAAACUGGUUGAAUUGAUCUGCAACUACAAAGAGGUGCUUCAUGCAUUGUUUCUCUUCCAGGUACCCUGGUCUCAGGAGCAGCAGCAGCUGCUGCUGUGGCAUUGUGUGAUUGGGAAGAUGCUCCUUGCGCUGGGCAGCACCAAGUGGGGUGGGACAGGGUCCUGUGAGAUUUUCAGUCUGGCUGGGAAGUCCAUGCUCCUACCACAAGUAUCCUGCUGAGUGCAAAAGUUCUAUUAUUUGCUUGGUAAUGCCAUGCAACCUUUCCAGACAGGGAGGUCUCAAAGACUCCAAUCUGCCAGUUCCUAAGCUGUAAAGGGUCUCAGGUCUGCAUUCACUAAAUGUAUUUUUCAGUACCUGAAUUCCAUUCAUUUCACAAGGAAUUGGGUUGUAAAAUGCUUCCUGAACUGAGGAACAAGCAAUUUGCUUAAAGUCAAAAGGGACACUGUGGUGGAGCAGGUUUCCCAGGCGUUGCAGCUGCUACACGAAGGAGUGUCGGAAGUGACAGCACAUGUUCAAGAGAGAUUUUGGUCUCUCUUUGUUUUUAAUGUCUUGCUCAAAUGUUCUUGGGGCAUUUGUGUUCAGAGUAAGGGAGGAGGAUGGAUAGUCAGGUAGUCAGGUAGGUCAAAGGCAUCAUCUUUGAUUUUAGAUACAUACUUUUUUUCUGUUCUUAGCAGUCAGAAUAAAGUAAGGGUUUUUUAAAAAUUAUUGAAGUCUUGCAAAGUUUCUUGUGUCAAUACUAGGCAGCACCUGGCACUGCAGUGUAGGACAACCAAGGAGAAAAUCGGCUCUCCUCGUUUGUAUUUAUGUUGGUAUGAUUUUGGUGCAGAAUUUUGCUGGAGAGAAGGGAUGUUCCAGGGUGCUCCACUGUGUGUUCAUCCUCAUUGCAAGGGGAGCAGCACCCCACGAUGCGCUGUGGAAAGAAAUCCAAUCACAUACACGGGGAGACUGCAUUCCCUUGUUUCCUGUGCCUUGUGCAAUCAAAGGACACUGCUGGGGUAUUGCCCUGCACUGUGGAUUCAGCCACAUUCCACUGAGAUCAGUGGAGGUUUGGUUUUCAAUCGGAGCCCGUGAUAUCUGUCCUUGUUGUGGAUCAUCCACUGUAUGAAUGAACUUUAAUUUCUGCCUAUUGUCUCCCUGCUGGCACAGCUUUGUAAUGAAUUCAGGGUGUCAUUCAGUGAGUUUUUCCUUGCACAGUGGAGCCUGAAUAGCACAGGGAGCCUGAAUGCAGAAAACUGAAGAGGACUGUUGAUACUGAUCAAAGGUAUCUCUUGUUUUUCUAUCCAAAACUGUAUUUGUAUUACAAGUUACACAUUCCCCAGACUGUAUAUUUCAGGUUAAAUAUGUUCUGCUUCAUUAGCAUGUUUGUACUUUAAAGAUGCCCUCAAUUUGCCCUGAAUUCUUCAGGAAUUUAAGACAUGGACUAUUUUUCAGGUUUCAAGCAUGAAGGAAGAUGAUCCCUCUUUGCAUUCAAAAUGGCAGGGCAUUAUUUCAAAGUAGAAAUCUUGCAUAUUUUCAGGUUAAGAAGCUGAGUAAUAAUAUCUUUUCUGUUAAAGUAUUUCUUAAAUAUUAGCUGCAGAUACACAUACUAAAGAAAAAUAUGGUUUCAUGACAGGGAAGAAAUAGAAAAUAUUUUUAAUUCAAUGUUUAAAGGGCAUCAUUGUUUUUUACUCUGUGCCAGAUGACAAGCUCAGAUAAAUGUUAUUUUAGCAAGAAUCUAUCCUACUGCAGAGAGCACAGUAGAGGAAUUGUAUAGUAAUUUAUACUUCAGCAUCUAUUUCUGUAUAUGUUUAUUUCUUAUAUUAAAUUUCUUAUUAAUUUACAUUUAAUUUCUUAUAUUUCUAUUAUUAUAGCUAUUUCUAUUAUAGCUAUUAUAAGCACUGUUACUUAUCCAGGACUCAUAGAUCUCAAAAUUAAUGAUAAAAAUGCUAUAAAGGUCUGAGUAAAUAUGGGGAACAAGGUCUAAUGCUUCUGAGAAUCUGCAAGAAGAAAUUGUUAUUUUGGUGCCAUUUUACUUGUGAACAUCUCCUCUAAUAACUGAUAGGGUGAUUCCAUAAGUUAGAAGACAGAACUGUUUUCUCUGGCUAAUAAAAUAUUUUCCGUUGCUCAUAGUUUAAUGGACAAUUAGCAUUUUUCUAGCUUUGAAAUAUUUAGAAAAUGUGAGAAGACUCUAGUAAUUAGAAAUUGUACUAAUUUGCUGCUCUUUGACCUAUUUUACAAGAAAAUAUUUCCAGAAUUGAUUAGUGAUACUGGACAACUCAACUCCUAAGCGAAAUGGAGUCAUUGUAAAGAGAUUUACGUUUGAAUUCAUGCAGAAAAAGUGCUUUUUAAAUUGUCUCAUUCUUGGGCACCCAGAAAUAAAGACAUUCAGACCAUUACUUAUUUUUGAAAAUUU